UUUACGCGGUGGUCGCUCUGUAAUUCGUGAUUCAAAGCGUUUAACUCGGGCGUGCCGUGCUAUGAGUACUUGACGUCAGUUGUAAUUGCCUCAAUUUCUCGUGAUGAGUACCAAUUCAAUCAAUCGCGUCAUCAAGUGACGUACAAAUGACUCUAGAAUUUAUUCAGAGACUUACAAACGCUUCCUUGUUCGAAUCGUAAUGUUGUGUUCAACAGAAAACAAACAGGCGUUGCGAAACCCGAAUCGUGAUUAUUUUCCGUCAAAUAUACCCACGCAAGUCUGAAUUGGCAAACAGCGUCGUCAAUUUCGCUUACAGGGCUUACAGCAAGCAAGGCAAGAUCCGGGAUUCUUAUAAUUAUUGCACUGAAUAAAUCUCGUAAGAUGACGACGCAUAGCAUGUACUUACAUAAUUAUGGCAUAGUACGAUUACGCUUUUAUGUUGAUGACCUGAACGAGCAUAAUAUAAUUCAAAUUUUGUAAGAAUUCUCGUAAAACUUGUAUCAAAAUUAAUUUAACUCGUAUAGUGAGUCAUAGUACCGUUCGAGAUGUGCUAGCAGUGCCAAUCAUCUUCAAUUUCGCUUACAGAAAACAAGGCAAUAUCCGGGAUUCUUAUAAUUAUUGCAACGAAUAAUUUUCGUAGAUUAUGACGCAUAGACUGUACUUAUUAUAGCAUUGUACGAUUACACUUUUGUGUGGAUAAUUACCUACUGAAGCAUAAUAUGACAAUUAAAAUUUUGUACGAAUACUCGUAAAAGUUGCAUAAAAAUUAAUGUCAACUUGCAUAUCUGGGCACAGUACCGUGCAGUACCGUUCGAGAUGUGCCAGCUGUACAGAUCACGGUGCAGACUUAAGUCGCCAUUAGUUUAAGUCAGUUUACGAAUGUACCUACCAACUAUAAUCCAAUUUUCUAUAUUAUAACCUUUUGUGAUUAAAGUAAGUUCAAGAUCAUUUCUGCAUUAUCCAACUUGAAUCUGACAACUCUAUCUUCGCCGGCAAAGUAAUGUAGGAUUGAUUGUUACACGUCGAUAAAAAUUUAUAGCAUCGUGUCACGGAUUAGAAUCCCGGUAGAUUGAUCAACAGUUAGGUGCAAAUCCUACUUACACAUAAACGUACAUAGAUACUUAAAAUGUAUGCUACGAUAAUAUGAUAGGGUUAGAAUUCAAAGAAUUUAUCGCCGUGACAGCUUCAGUGUCAACGAUCCUACAAUUUUUAGCGGGCAUAUUGGUGUGCCGAAAAUACAUUCGCAAUGGAACAACUGGUGAGGCCUCUGGACUUGCGUUUGUGACGUGUUUUACAUCAUGCAGUUUGGCACUUAGGUAUGGCAUGCUGAUCGGUGAUCAGACAAUAAUUGUAGUGAAUAUCUUUGGAAUUUCGCUACAGUUGCUAUACGUCCUCGUAUUCAUGUCAUAUAGUAUGAAGAAAUCAUUGACGUUGAAACAGCUAAGCGCAGCUGUCAUAUUUGUAAUAUCAGUUUACCUCUACAGUCAGUAUGAGAUUGACGAAGUUCAGGCGAGACGGAUAGUUGGAUUCCUUAGCUCUGGCCUCGCGAUUGCAUUUUUUGCUUCACCAUUAUCCAUGCUUGCUCAUGUUAUGAGGGUUAAAAGUGCCGAAACUUUACCAUUCCCGAUAAUAUUGUCAUCUUUAAUAGUAUCGUUCCAGUGGCUAUUGUAUGGAUACUUAUUGAAUGAUGGUUUCAUUGUAAUACCAAAUUUUCUAGGCUGUGUUUUAUCGCUCUUCCAACUAUCAUUAUUUAUAUUGUACCCUGGGAGAUACCCAGACCAAAUACAUCUUACACAAUUGUAAUAUUAAUAUAUUCGAGUGGAUUAAAUUCUAUUUUUAUGUGAAUGAAUAAAUUUAAAAAUUUGAAGAUAUAAUUAUAUUUACUGCAUGUAAAGGGUCAAUAAAU